AUGUCCUUUUUGAAUCCUGCUUCUAUUUCACUUAAUACUGGUGAUGAUGAACUUGGCGGUGAACAUGUGCCAGCAGUUGGAGCCAGUGUUGUCAUAGAAGAUGAGUUAGAUGAAAGUUCAGGUCCUGCGAUUUCUACUGGCCGUGAAGACGUUGAGAACGCUUAUGGAGACUGCAGUUCAAGCGAUCAUUUACUAUAUCUCGUUCUUAGCAAAGGUAAUGGCUAUAUUAUUGCGGCGCUUCGGAUAAUUUGGGGCGAAAUCGUGAAGCGAUUAUCAUAUCUGAAAAAGCUUGAGUGGAAACCGGUGAACGACCGCAUGGCCUCUACUCGCUUCGCUUCGAAGAAAGUUCUGUAA